AUGUGGUACAGAGAUAUACACACUAUGUAUAAACAGAGAUCUCGUAAUGAAGCCCUGUGUCCAAAGAGAUGUGUUUGUGACAGUACAAAAUCAGUUCAGUGCUACAGUGUUUCUGCGGUACCACUGGGGAUACCACUGGAUGUGCGAAAACUGAAUCUAGGCCAUAACAACAUUAAGGAAUUAAAGAAAUCUGGGUAUGCUGGCCUGGAAGCACUUGAAGAAAUAAUUUUAUCCUCAUGUGGAAUAGAAGCAAUUGAGAGCAACACCUUUAAAUCCCAAUGUAAUCUAAGGGUACUGGAUUUAGUGAAGAAUAAAUUAAAGCAUGUUCCUCGAGCCCUUCCACAAAGCCUUGAAAUCCUAAAACUAGGGAACAACAGAAUCCAAGUCUUACAUGAGUCUCAUUUAGAAGGACUAAAAAAGCUCAGAGUUCUUGACCUACAAAACAAUCUUCUUUCUAUUCUUAGACCCAGCUCACUUUCAUCUCUUGUCAGACUUGAAGUCCUUUAUCUGAAUGGCAAUAACAUAGAGUCCAUAUCUGGUCCUUUCAGGCUACCUUGGCUUAGCAGGCUGAACCUUGAAAAUAACAAGUUGUCUUUCAUUCAUUCAAAUGCCUUUAACUUUUUACAUACCAUUCAAGUAUUAAGUCUGUCUGGAAACCAGCUGGUCAAAGUUCCACAAGAUCUCCCUCCAACACUUUUGUCAUUGAAUUUGGAUCAAAAUCAGAUCAGGGGGUUAAAGGGUAGAGAUAUCAAUCAUUUGAAAAUGCUCUCUCAUCUGUAUCUCUCUUACAACAGACUGUCAUCCAUUGAGUGUGACCUUUCUCUGCCAAACCUCACUAUCCUGCAGCUUUCAGGAAACCAAAUCAAAAUUAUACCCUGCAAGCUUCCUGCUGGACUUGAAAAGCUUGAUUGCAGUCAUAAUCUUAUUCAGGAAGUAACUAUUUCAGGACUCUCAGGCCUCAGGCAGCUGAAACAUCUCUUCCUGGAGAACAAUGUCAUUCAUCAUAUUGAAGCCGGAGCUCUUAAAAAUUGUGUGAAAUUGACAGACUUGGCGUUAGAACAGAAUCGACUUACAGCUAUUCCUCUUGGGCUUCCCGAGACACUUGUUAGAUUGGAUCUGAAAGGAAAUAACAUUGCAUUUAUCUCGGAGGAAGAAGUGAAGAAUCUCCAGAAGCUGCAGAUGUUGAAUUUGCGAAAUAACAGCCUGUCAUCUCUUAGCAAAGCAGCCGUGGACCUGCUAUCUAGAUUACGAAGGGUCUACCUAGAUGGCAAUCCAUGGAACUGCAGUUGUGACCUACUGAAAGUUGAAAGAUUGUUGUUAGCUAGGCAAGUUGAAAUACCCAGUGGGCUGUGCAGUGAGGCCAGCCGAAGUCAACAAGAAUACAAGAAGAUUUCUGUAACACCAUUGACUGGGUGCCAAGACGACAUGGAAAAAACAGCCGAAGGCGGUAAAGAUGAGAGAAAGAUAGAUAAAGAUAAUGAACCGAUAGAAACAGAGGAUUACUAUGAUUAUGAUUGACCGUGAGCACAAAUGAAUUCCCAUAUGACAUUAACAGAUAAGCUUUUCAGAUGACCUCUGAUACUUUAAGCUGGUAAUUCUGGCUGACAGACCAUGACAAAGUCAAAUCAUCAGAUAAAAAUUCCCACAAACAAACUGAGGGAGCAUAUACAAGUUCCACACAGAGCGCAAGGAAUGGUACAUGUGUAUUUAUUUUCUUUAUCAAAUAAAAAACUAAUUGUUCCUUUCCUUGUUUUUAAGAAAUAGAGAGAGAGGUAAACACCAUCAAUUGUACCACAAUCAGAGAUUUGUGUAAUUUAUGAAUGCAUCGGUACAGCAAAAUGAACAUAAUAAUUAAAAAGAUAUUAUAAAUGCAGGAAAAAUAAACUCCUACAAAAUAUUAUUUAUGUUUUUGUUCUAGUCUAUUAAGUCAUAUUCAGAGAAAGGUUAAUCUUCAGAAAUUCCAUCUUUACAAUUCCACCUUGUUAAUCGGACCUGUAAAAAUAAAAAGAAAAAAUAAAAUGUUUUGCCUUUUUCAUAGUGACUUAGGUACAAAGUCGUAAAUAAUGUUUCAGUAGAGUGGCAGAAUGUGAUCCUUGAGUGCUGGUCUCUCUUCAUUAUUUUAUUUAUAGUCAAAAUAUGUAAAUACAUCUGACAUACAGUAUAUUUAAAAUGUGUUGGAGAGUAUUUAUGCAACACUGCACGUGUUGCCGAUGCUGUGCUCCUUAAAUGGUACAAUUUACAGACAUAAAUCACAGAGUACAUCAUUUUUCAAUAUGUAUAAAGAUUUAAAUUAUACAUAUACAAGUAAUAUUUUUCUAUACUUUUUAUUGCUUUUAUAACCUGAAUUGGAGUAAGCAUGUGUGAGAAUGUUCUGUUAUUGGUUUCUUAGAUUAUAUUACACAGUGUAUGAAUUACAAGUAAGUUGACUAUACAUUGCUAUAACUUAUUCCAAUCAAUCCACAGUAAUUUACUUAAAGAAAAUGUAAAAAUAUCAAGUGCUAGGAAAGACUAGUGUAAAAUACAGUGUAUUAAAUAAAAUAUUUAAUAAUGUCAUAUAAAACUCCCAAUAAUUGAAAUCCUCCUGUCACCCUGACGUAAAUUAAGAUAAGAUGAGAUAUUUAAAAUUGCUGUUAUUUACUAUAUUAUAAAGUAAUAUUGUAAACUGGUAUGGUGCUGCAUCCCUCUGUAAGCUGUAAGUGACAGUUGAAAUCACAAUAGUAUGAUUUAACUAGUUUUUGCAACACCAACAAUAAAAGACAAUGUUUCAGUUUACUUCAUUUUUUUCCAGAAGCAUGACCUUUAUUCUAAUAGUCUGAUUUCCUUUUUUGUUAAUUUUUUGUCUUGGAGGGCACAGGGAUACAGCGUUUAGCACUUCUGACUGAUAGCUCCAAGACACUAAACUUAAAUUCAGCCAGGUAUUUUCUUAUUUGCAGUUAACUGCAGCACAUAUGUUCUCCCUGUGUUUAUGUGGGUUUUUCUCCAUGUACUCUCAUUUUCCUCCCAUAUUUCAAAUAUAUACUCACUAGCUUAAUUGGUUGCUUAAUACUGGUCCUGUAUAAGUAGAUAUAAUGGUCUGAUGUUCAUGGAUGUUUCCUGCUUUUCACCUUAUGCUUUUAGACUAGGCCCAGGCUUCCAUGACCCUGAUAUGAAUUAAGUAGGUUUGAUAAUGUAUGAAUUUAGCAGUUACUAUUUUAAUGUUGAUUCAAUACGAACAAUUAUCAGUGAAAACAAUUUUAGAAGUAAAGGUAUUGUUUUUGGUGAAUGGCUUUCUGCUGGUUUAGGAAUAAACUACAAAAUUCUUGUUGAUGAGUCUGACAGCCAGAUAGAAGCAUAUUGUGAUAGUAAUGGUGAAUAUCAUUAAGGUAGAGCAGAAGGAACAGCACUGCUGGAGAAAGUAUGGUAUGUCCCUGGAGGGAAAUUUGGCAGGCACAGCAGCCUGAAAUAGAGAAGUGUGAUAUGGACAGAACUAGAGAACAUUUCCCAGGGAUGUUAGUGAGUACAUUUGUUGCUCUGAUUACUUCUACUAAGGAAUAUGUUGAGGGCAAUGAGGAAAUGGCAGAAGUGGUGAUAGCUCCACUGUUAACUGUUAGAGGAUACACUGCUACAGAGGGAUAACUAUCAUACUGUGGUGGACUUCAAACAAUAUAUGCAGUUGUAAAGCAACAUAAUAGGCCUGGCCCUUUAGAGGCUGCAGAAGGCUGAGGGGUGCAGCUGUCUCAGGUGCUUUUAGAGGGUAUUCUAGCUUGGUGGCUCUGUAACAAUUCCAAGACUAGACCGGAAGUGACUUCAAGUGGGAGUUCUAACCUAGUCUAACCCCAACUCAGCUUGUAGUCAAAAUAUGAAUCUGGGCACAGGCUUGAUUGGUUGGUGGAACUGAAAUGCCAGGUCAUUCACAGAGAGUGAAAGAGAAAGAGAGAUUAAGUGAAAGAGAGAAAGACAUGGGAGGAAGAUUUGGGAGUGCUUUAUGGUGCUUUAGUAUCAAACCUCCCCUGCAGGUAAAAAGGGUGACAGACCUACAGCAUGUAGGAAGAUCCAGAGAGGCAACAUAUUUUGGUUUGGUUGGUUUACAUUGCUCUCACUCCAAUUGUUAUUGGUUUUUCUUCCUUUUGUCUAUUAGAGACACAUUUUGAUCAAUUCUGGCCUUCUUGAAGUUAUGCUAAGAUAAGGGCUUAACAACAGUGCCACCUAUUGUCCACAACUUAAAUAAACAUUGUUAAUGAAGAUACUGUGAUUACUUGUUUUUUUUAAUUUGCCAGUUAUCCAGUUAUGGUCAUAUCCUUCCUGCAAUCAAAUCAUCAAAAUUGGGCUAACCAACUAGUUUUACAAAGAUAAUAGAUUAAGACUCUAUUACAAGCACUUACUUGAUUAUAUGACUGAUGAAUGCACAAUAAGCACACUCUUGUGCACUUUAGCAAUAAUACAAUCAUCCUGAAGUCACCAUGAUCUCAUCCUCUCAGUUACUGCCUUUCUAUGGUGAACUUUAUUCACAGUUCUAAAGUGUAAGUUUUAAAUGUAACAGACAUUAAAAUCAAAUCAUUUGCACUCCUGAAAUUUCACUUGUUAGGCCCAUUCAAGUAGACAAAAGCAAAAAGCACAUAGAGACAACAGGUUUAAAAUGGUCUCAGAAUAAUUCAGAAACACAUAAUUUAAACACAAAACUUUGAUAAAUAUCUUUAGCAGUAUGACAAAAGGUUUUUACCUAUACAGUUUCACCAUACUUAUGAAGAAACUCUUCAUGGCUAAAUGUUUAUUUCAAUGUCUGUGAUGGUUUUUUUUUGUUAAAUGCCAUAUGGUACUGGGUAGAAAGUAUAUGAGGUCCACUUUGUGUGGGUCUUUAAAUUGAAUGAUUUAUUGUAAGUGUUGUGUGCUAACUUGUGUCUGUCAUCAGUUGAGGUGAUUUCUAGUUUUUUCUACAUUGUCUUUUAGAGCACACUUGUCAGGUUAUCCACAUCAGUCAUCAUAAAAAUGUUACCACUGCUUCAAGGUGUAAUGGAAUGUACUUAUUGUUUUCAGGAAAUAGUACAUAUACAGUAUUUAGGAAAACGCGGCAAAGAAGGUUGUACAUCAAUGGAGGCACUGUGCAGCAAUGGUUAGUCUUACUACAUUUUAUCUCUGUAGAUCUGAUUCGUCUGGGUUCAAUUGCUGUCUGUGUGGUGGUUGUACAUUUCCAAAUGAUCAACUGCAAUUUCUCAAUGUACGUCUGCUCUACCCAGUAUCCUCGAGAUUUGCAUGUUUACUUUAUUGGCAACUGUACUGUAAAUUGGCCCAGUGGGAGUGAGUGUGUAGCAGUGCAGUAGCGAACAAGGCUCACUUGUAAUGAAGCUUUUUAUACUUUGGAAUGCUGCAUCAUGCCUGGCAACCCACUUAAACUCUCUUGAACCUUUCAAAUGUUACUGCAGAAGAGUGUUGAUCUCUGACAGAAUUAACACAAGAAAGUUACCAUGCCUACUACUCUUCCAUGUUCUGUUUUGCAUUUGUGUGGCUCUGUGCCCUCAAUGGCAGAUACUUGGCUUGAGAGUGCUUAAAUUCCAUCCAUCCAUCCAUUAUCCAACCUGCUAUAUCCUAACUACAGGGUCACGGGGGUCUGCUGGAGCCAA